AGUAUUCGCAAACGAAGCCCCUGUAAGAGCGCUGCUCUGAGACUGAAGAUUUAAUGCGAUCCAGCCGGAAACACAGACAUGCAAGCGAGCAGCCUGCAAUGACAAGGGAGUUAAACUCAUCCCAGGGUCAGCAAGUGGCACGGGCCGACGUGGUUACCCCCCUUAGUACGCUCUUUAGUGUUGAAGCGCACGUACUAUGGCACUCAUUUGCUUUACAAAAACGUGUUUUGCUUCAGUCAAAUUCCAGUGAGAAUUCCUCCCUUUUUCGAACAGACAAAUACCUGAAAUAUAAAAUAACUGAUAGUGCGUAUGAAAAUGGCUUCGGACGAAAUGACCUGUAUUCGGAAACUCUGAGGCUGAGUACGGAGAGGAGACGAGCGCGGCUGAACAUCGGCAGGACUGAUCUAACAGAGGCUAAAACCAAAACAGCUCGUGUUUGCAGUAAUCAUUUUAUCUCAGGAACGCCAGCAAAAUUAUAUGAUAGAAACAAUCCAGACUGGGCCCCCACUCAGAACAUGAGCUACCGUAUGUUUCAUCCAAGGUCGGACUUGAUUCUGCAGCAGCUGAAUGACACCGAAGAGCUCAAAGGAGGAGGAAGACAGCUGAAUUUGCGGAAGCUGCAUGUUGUAGCUCGUCAGUGGAAUUCCAGGACAUCCAAGACACCAUGGUUGAAGCUGAGAAAUUAAUACCAGAUCAGCUAAUUUUGACUGAAACAAAGUAAUAUAAUUUUGAAACUCCAUAAAUAAGAUUUCCAAACUGAUCUCCAUCUUCUUUGAAACAGAUCAGUCAGAUGUUGCUGAAUCGAAGUUGCAAAGUUGGUUGUCAGACUGAGCUGGCUCAGAAAAAUACAACUUUUUUAAACAAUAUGGGUCAAACCCACACAUAUCU